AUUAACCUGAACCCCCUGGUUCUUCCUGAGGGAGAGGUCCUGAGUGGGGUUAGCUUGGGAGGAAGGGAGGGAGAGGACCCAGGACUGGGCACCCCACUGUCACCCACCUCUACCCAGGCCCUGGCUGCCCACAGGGGCCACGUCCUGCCCGGAGAUGAGAUCGUGCAGGUCAACGAGCAGGUCGUGGUGGGUUGGACACCUGUCAACCUGGCGAGGAAGCUGCUGGAGAAGGGGAACAGGGUGACUUUGGUGCUGAAAAAGAUCCCCCUUGACCUGCCUGGCUCACCCCCCUCUCCCAGGCAGCAGCCCCCAGGGGCAUUUUUGGAUGCUGCAGAUUCCCCUGGCACCAGGAGCAGCGAGAGCCCAGGCAGCCCCGUGUCUUUGACCUCCAGCGUUGCGGCCGACUUGGACUCGGGACCAGACUCUGCCCUGGAUCCUGUCACUGACGAGGAGCAGGAAGAGGACGAGCGGGAUCUGAGGCUGCCUGGGGCAGCUGUGGAGGAGCUGCCGGGACUUUCUGGACAGGGUGCUGCAGAGGAGGUGUGGGACAGUGGCAGCACCCUGGGAACCCCCCUGGACACCCCCCCAAGCAUCCCUGCUGCCACUGAACCCUGUGCCACAGAGCUGAGCCCCAGGGCAGCCCCCAGCACGGGGGCUGGGGGAGCAGAGCCCAGCCAGCUCCCUGGGGAGGUGAGAGCUGGGGGGGACACGCUGGGGGGGUGUCAGAGGUUCCCCUCUGAACCCCUGCACCGUGUGGGUGAAGGGGGGUCCCUACGGGGGUCCCUAAGGGCUGCCCUGCCCUCACCCCCUGCACUGUCACUAAGAUCCCAUCUCUGUUUCCCCUCCCAGGGCAGCCCCCGCACAAGACCAAAAGGAGUGGCGACCAGGCUGAGCCGCCGCCGGAUCUCGUGCCGGGACCUGGGCCGGGUGGACUGUGAUGGGUGGCUCCUCAAGAAGAAGGACCACGUGGGCUUCAUGGCCCAGAAGUGGAAGCGGUGCUGGUUUGUGCUCAAGGGCCACACACUCUACUGGUACAACCACCCCAACGAUGAGAGGGCUGCAGGACUCAUCAACGUGGCCACCUACAACCUGGAGAGCACCAGGGAGCAGAAGAAGAAAUAUGUGUUCCAGCUGUGCCACCAGACAUACAAGCCCUUUGUGUUUGCUGCUGAAACCUUGGCUGACCUGAGCAUGUGGGUCAGUCGCCUGGUAACAGCCAAAACAAAGUACACACUGGCCCACCAGGCAGUCCCAGACAAGGAGGAAGACUGCUACAGUGAGACAGAAGCUGAGGAUCCUGAUGAUGAGUCCCCCAGGCACGGAUCCGACUCGCCAAGGAAGAGGCUGCAGAACACCCCAGAGAAGGCGCAGCUCUCCCCAGCCAGCAGCACAGCCAGCAGCCCCCAGGGCAGCCCCCGGCCCUGCUCCCCCAUGGAGCCCGCUGGGGAGGAUCUGGAGAGCCUGAUGCGGUGCCUGAGGCAGGGCGGGCUGUCCCUCAUGGGGCAGCAGCGCUUCCUGACGCAGGAGCAGUGCCGAAAGUCCUUCCUGAGGCGCAACAAGAACCCGCACAUCAACGAGAGGGUGCACGCCGUGCGGGCCCUGCAGAGCACGCUCAAGGCGAAGCUGGCGGAGCUGCAGGCCCUGGAGCAGCUGCUGGGAGAGGCCGCGCUCACCUCGGACACAUUCAGGCGCUGGAAGGAGGAGCACCAGGAGCUGUACCGGGAGCUGCGGGAGGGCUGGGCAGGGCACCAAGGUCAGGGCCACGACCAGGGGGAUGCUGGAGACCAGCAGAGACCCCACGAAGAGGCAGCUGAGCCCUGACAUCCCGCCAGGACCUGGUGUGGGUCAGUGCCCACAAGACUCGGAGCAUGGGAGAACGGCGGGUGCUCUGUGCUGGGGGGCCUGAGCACAUUCUGGAAGGCUCAGCCCUCACAGGGGCCAUCCCACAGGGGAAGUGGCCUCUGUGGAAGUCUUAAUUUUUCCCAGCUCGCCUUGACUUGGCUGCAGGUUGGAAAGGGGUGGAUUUUCCUGGGGAACGUGCCCCCGCUGUGGUGCUGCCAGCCGGCCCGGACACGGGCUCUUCUGCUGUAAAUAAAUGUGGUGACAGGG